ACUGUGAAUGCUUUUACAGGCAUUCACACUAAUAAAACCGGACUGAACUGAAUUGGUGGGGAGGUUUUGCACUCAAAGCAUCCGUUUAAAACAUUAAUGUGAAUGUAUCGAUGCUGAAAGUGUACAGCAGUGAACCUUUGAUGAUUUUUCACAAAGCUCUUAUGGUUUGCUGCACAGCUGAUGGCAGGAAAUGUUACACAGUUUCUAAAAUCUUCCAAUGCCCAACCUUCAUCAGCAUGUUGCCAACCAGAGAUUUCAGUGAUUUAAGACAGUAUUAAUGUUGUUUUCGCUCUGUGCUGCUCAGCUUGAAGCACAGUGGUCUAUUACAGUUUACAUGUUGUUAAUUCUGUUGAUAAGAUGCAGAAAUAAUUAUCGAUGCCUAUCACAGGUACUUUAGAUUAAACUCUUCUACUUCUUGAAAUUUAGCCUAUGCUGCCAUUUUCUGUUUACUUUAUUAAAUAUCAGAUUUCAUUCAGAUUUAAAUGAUGUAGGUGUAAUGAUGUAAAGUAGGUUUGUACAAACCAAUUUACAACAAAAUGAGAUGUUUUUAUAACUGUAAAUAAAAAAAAAAAUUAAAAAAAAGAAUGCAAUGAUCGCCACAUUUACAUUUCAUUUCAAACUUUUGGUCACUGUAAAAUCCUCAAUGGUACGAAUCUUGGCCGAGACUCGGUGCAUCUGUCAUUGUCAUGUUUCCCAAAGUGGAUUACUAAAAUUACAUUUUGUCAGAGUCAAACACACACGUUCCCCAAAAUGCCGAUAUUCUCAGACCAUGUGGAAGAACAUAACAGUGUCAUCCGAGUAUGCUUCUGUGGGUGAGACCUGUCUUUAACUUAACUUUUUGUUCCUGUCAAGUCUUUGAAUGUAAUAGUCUGUCAUUGCUAAAAGCAGCAAAGAAUAUCACCUUUACUUCAUGUUAGACUGAGCAGUGGCGAGGGAACUCCAUACCAGCUCGCAGGCAGUAUGUAAAACGGUGUGCGGGGCUGCGUCAGUGUGGCCAACAACCAAAGCCAAGACAUUAAAUUAUUCCUUUAGCUGAGAGAUCUUCAUUCUUAAACUGUUGAGGUGAGGCGAUGAAGUUUGUGAGAGGAAAAGGGUGUGUGCAUUUAUCUCUGUCAGGAGAAACCAGAACUUCAUGGCACAUGAAUGUCUCAACUGUUUUGGCUUGGAUGAUUAUCUAUGACUUUAACAGAAACAAUCAUCUGCACCUGUGCUCCCAAUUAUCAGCUUUAGUCAUUCCUAAAAAGGAAAACAAUUUAGCAUGAUCAUUACUGUAAAUGGUAAUAGACAUUUUUCCUUUCUCUGUAUCUAUUGUUAAAGAAAGCCCUGUUUUCUCCUCAUUCUUGUUUGUUCAUCCACAGUGUGACCCACCCAUAGAGGUCCAUGACCUCUUUCAGGACAUCCGGGAUGGGCGCAUUCUCAUGGCUCUGCUGGAGGAACUCUCUGGCUGUAAAUUGCUUCACGGGUUCAGGAAGUCCUCCCAUCGUAUUUUCCGACUGAAUAACAUCGCCAAGGUCCUGUCUUUUCUUGAGGAAAGAAAUGUAAAGCUGGUCAGUAUCGAUGCAGUUGACAUUGCAGAUGGAAAUUCCUCCAUCAUCUUGGGACUCAUUUGGAACAUCAUUCUCUUCUUUCAGAUUAAGGAACUGACUGGGAACAUCAGGAGCCAGUUCCCCUCCUCUUCCAGUCUUUCAUCCAUUCCCACCAGCUCUGACUCUGACACAUCCUACAGCAGCACGCCAUCGGACGACAGGCAGUCAGCAUCCACAGCCGUGCGAGAACACAGCAGGGCCAUUAAGAAGUUACUGCAGUGGGUACAGAAGCGAACACGCAAAUAUAGUGUAGCAGUGCAGGACUUUAGUAAAAGCUGGAUCAGUGGUCUGGCUUUCCUGGCUGUUAUUAAGUCCAUUGACUCCAGCUUGGUAGAUAUGAGGAAAGCCCUAUUGAGAAGUUCCAGAGAAAAUCUAGAGGACGCCUUCAGAAUAGCCCACUACAGCCUGGGUAUACCGCGCCUUCUGGAACCUGAAGAUGUGUCUGUCAAUGCACCAGAUGAGCAGUCUAUUAUUACAUAUGUGUCUCAGUUUCUGGAGCACUUCCCUGGUAUCGAGGAGCCAGAGGAGCCCUGCCAGCUAAUUGAACGAAGUGUCUCUAUGGGCCGACUCAACUUCCGCGACAGCGACUCUGACCACAUGAGUAAAGGUACUCACCGAAGCAGAGUAAGGGAGCGGUCCUAUAUGUUUCAGAAGGACAGUGCCCAACCCCCACCCAAAAUCUUAAUUUCCUCUGUAUCAGAAGACAGAAGCAUGAUGCUACCUUCCUUCAGGGUGACAGCAACUCGAUCGUGGUCCAGCGAUGACAUUUUGACAGAUUCGCCCCUAACAGAUGACCCCAUAAAACCAGUGGAAGAAAUCUUAACCAACAAUGGUGACCCACAGCUGUCUUAUACUCACUCGCCCACCGGCUCAUCAGUACCCGAGUCUGUAAACACAGAGUCAGUAUUGGAUGACUCUGCAAUCAGCUCACCAGACUCUUGGGUGGAGAGUGAGCUUGCCGUGGCAGGGGAGAAGGAUGGCGAGAGCCAAAGUUGCUUGUGUGAUAUUGAAACAGCUUGGGACGUGUACCGUGCGACCCCUGUGGAAGUAACUGCUAUUGAUGAAGGAUUUAUCCCAUCCAUAGAAGAAAGAGCCCCUGAUGAGCAGUCACUAAGUGAGUGUUGUGUUGAUGAAGGGAUUUACUCUUUGAGCUCACUGGAGAGCAUGCAGAACAAAUUCCUGGGGCAUGCUAAGAAAAGGGAACUACAAGUAGCUGAAGUGGAAGAUUCAAACCUUGAAAGAAACAACCAGGACUUGGAAACAGAGCAGAUCAAUACUGAGGUUACACAGCUAGAGUCUGAAUUCACUUCAGCUGAAGUGAGGGACUUUGGUGCUGAAGAUCUCCUUGAACCUCACGUACUGAGCUCCAACACUGAACGGCCAUCCAGCGACUAUUGUGAAGAAUCUGUGAAAGAGAAUAUUAUAGAAGACGGUACUCACAGAGAUGAGAAAUGUGUAAAGAAAUCUGUGAAUGCACAGAACCACAAAGGAGAAACUAACAUUCAAAGUGAAUUUCUGCAAGACACAAAUAUCUCUGAGAAGGUCGAAGUGGAAACUGAAUGCCAUAAAACAGACUGCUGUGGUUCUUUAGAGAACGAAAAAGAACCAGAAAUCUUAAAGGGCAGGAAUGAAGUACUUAUAGAAACACAAGAUGAAGAAAAUGAAGGGCUUUUAAAAGACUGCCCAGACUCUCAGGACAGAAAUAAUUCUGUACAGAUUGCUAAAGCUUUAGAAAACACCUGUUCUACCGACACAGAGGAAGUAUUAACAACAAGCCAGGCGCCAAGCAUAGGCAUGAAUAUUCCUUCCAUCUCUAUUGUCAGCGUGCCAGAAGAACAGGAUGAUACAACUUGUAACCAAGAAGAACACGGUACUGCUGAUAAAACUCUCAGCCAGCCAUUGGUGUUUGUAAGCGAGGUGACCGACAUGUGUGCCGACAGUACUGCAAACCCAGAUGAAAAAAGCUCUACCUCCAGUAAAGAUGAUAAAAUUAUUGCUGAGAGUCUGUUUGAAAAUGCUAACCCAACAUCUUCUGGAGAAUUAAUGGAUCUAGAAAAUCAGCAUUUAAAUGAUAUAAAUGAACACGAUCUAUCAUCAAAUGAACACAUGCAAGGUCAGAUUGAUAUAAGUGAAGAUGGCGACAAAUGCGAGCCUCCUCUUGAUGAUUCUCAGGGAGAAACUAACUUUUCUACAGAGGCUGAAACUCAUAUAGUGGAUACUGAGCGUGCUGUAAAUUCUACUGAUCCACCUGAUGGACACGAGAGCAAAUUAGCUGACACCUUUUGUAGCAGCGACAUAGCCAACACGCAGCUCAGUACACUGGAUCCAUUCAACACCGAGCCAAGUGAUGAGAUAGGGACGCUGCGCUCUGAACCAGCUACUGUGUCCAGAAACAUGGACAUUUUGUUUUAUACAGACUUUGAUCGAGGUUCUCCAACAGAGGAUCUGGUUGGUGACCCUGUGGAGCCCAUGGAUCUGUUCUACCCUGACAAAGAAGAGCUCAUGUUUACAGAGCAACCUGACACUGAAGCGCAGACCUGGCCCUCUGUUUUGAGUGUCUCUGCUCUGCAGCCAGCACCACCUUCAGACAUUCUACCAGAUGACCAACAAUUCGAUCCGCUGGGUGAAGACUUCAGGGAAGUGGACUUGAUACAGGAGGUAAAGGUGAUCACAAAGGCCACCCAAGAGACAAAGAAUGUAUUUGGAUCCCAGCAGCAUUGCUUGUUGCCUGGAGUGAAGCUAUGUAAGCCCUUAGGAGAUGCUGAUGUUCUAACAGACAGGAGGGAUCCCAGUGAGGCUGAGCAACAGAAGCCAGUCUCUGCCAGGGAAAACACAGAGCCUGUGAGGAGCAGUGCAGGUUCCAGCAAACAAGGUGAAAGCCAUAUCCCACCAGUUCUCCGUCACAGAAAGGGGGCUCAUUGCCCUGAGUCAGUGGACAGUCGGAGAGCUGUAACUACAAAAGCUGACGGCGAUGACUCUGAUUUUUGGUGGAGGGAGAACUGGGAGCUACGUGUGCUGCUGCUGCUAUGGUUACUGCUCUACUGUUUCUGGGUGUUGCCUCAGAUCGACCUGAAGACACUGCCCAACAUGCUGCUGAACCGCUGAACACACACACACACACACACACACACACACACACAUGCACAAGCACAGCUUCUCUGAGCUAUGAGGAAAAAUAAAAAACUUUAAGUUUUUUAACAUGCACAUGCUCACACAGCCAACUGCCACAUUUUAAUGAAGAUAUUUAAAACAUGUAUAAUUUCAAACUUACAAGAGCUGGUUUUCUAUGUUUUGGUUUUUGGCUUCUAGUGUGGCUUGAAUCAGUCUAUGUGAGAGUGUAAAGGUCACUGGGGGAGGAAAAACAUUGCAGUCUUUUUAGAAAAAGAUCAUGCUUUUAUGAAAAUAAAGUUACAAAUUUAAGGAUAAAAAUAACCAAACCCGAUUCUGAAAAAGAUUGGACACUGUGUAAAAUGUAAGAAAAAAACCUUAACAGAAUUCUGUGAUCAGACAAACCAAUUUGAAAUUCUUCUUGGAAUGAAGAGGAGCUUGUUAUCAGCACUCAGUUCAAAAACCAGCAUCUUUGAUGGUAUGGGGCUGCAUUAGUGGCUAUGGAACUAGCAGCUGGCACAUCUGGAAAGACACAAUCAAUGCUACAAGGUCUAUAUACAUUUAAGAGAAACUAGCCAAAGACAUUAUCCUUUGGAUGGAUGCUCUCAUCCAAAGAUGACCAAGGACCGUUGAGCAGCUACAAUCCCAUGUAAGACAAGAAUGGGCCAAUAUUCCACUCCUAAAAGUCCAACUGCUGGGCCAUGUUCCAGGAAGCAUGUUGAAAAAUAACAGAGAUGGGCAAUUCAGAGUUUCUUGUUCUGGAACAGCUGAUUGGAGUUAGGUCAAUCAACUCUGAAUGUGGUCACCCUGAGAUAUGCGCAUGCAUGGCCAGGGAAAGAAAACCAUCAUUAAUGGAGCUCUGAUACUAUUAUUCACCACAGAAUAUGAACAGAAGGGAAAAAGAGUACUAUUAAUCAGUGUGGGCCACUUUGUCAUCAUCACAGAUAAGUUUGAUAAUAAAAUAUAGCAUUUUUACUGCUAAGCCAUUAAAGGCUGAUGGGUAUUGUCAUCACCCUGUCAGGUCGACAUCCAAUUUCGUGAACACGCGAACGAGGUAACGAAGGAUUUUUAAAUUAAUACAUAGGUACAUCUGUUAGAAGAUUCUGGGGUAGCAGUGGCGGUAUAGUUUUUAUAACGCCUGCUGGCAUCAUGCACCCAACUAUUUUUUUAGAUGAAGCUAGAAUCCUAAUUUGAUUUGAUAUCUAAAUUUAAUUAUUCACUUCUAACCUAAGAACGACAAAAUGUAGGUGAAAAAAGCGAAGAUAAAAAUGUCAGAUCUGAAUCCAUGAUCUGUUUUGGAUAAGUGGACUCUGACACGGUUUGCUGAUCUUUUGCAGAGCCUAUGAUCUCAGCAAUUAAGGUUCCAGGUUGACUCGACACUAAUUUAGCUGCUUUUCAGUGUAAAAUGUGUCAAGGCUCAGACUCUGAAAUUCAGAUACCAAAAUGUUGUUUGACAUAAUUCAUAAUAAUAAUGACUUCAUCUCAGUCUGUGAACACAAUGUAAAUGCUCAGAACCUGCAGAUAGUCCAUGUUUAAGAACAACUCUAAAAUAUAUGGAGUUCAGUUUGAGUGUCAAUGUCGUGAUAUGUUGUGCGGCAGGCAGGGCUUGGACCCGAUAUGCAGGACCCUGGAGACAAAAGGGUAAACUCAAAAGGAUGUUUACUCCUGGAUGUCAAGGAGACAAAGCUGGGCUCAAGGCAGAAUUGCAAAAGUAGGAGACAAAAGAGAAAAAACAGAACGUGGGAGCAUGGACAAUAAAACAUGAACUGAAGAAAACUGAGACAACUGACUGGCAAAAUCAGACAGGAAGUCAUGAAAACACCUGCACUGAGGGAACAGGGAAGGCUAGGAAGAAUAAGUAUAAACCAAAUCACCAAAACCAGAAUGAUAAUAAAAGAUAGACAUUAAUUGAAACGUGUUUAUUAAAUUAUAAACAAAAACCCAGAAACUUCAGGACAUAAUCCAAACAUAAUUACAAUAACACAAAAAAAUAGAUUUAAAAAAAUUAACUGAGGAAAAAGAACAACAAACUGAAAACACUGACUCCAGGAACCAUGACACUUAAAGUCAUCUCAGCCCCACCUAGUGUUCGCGCAAAUAUUUACAUCAGCUCCAAGAUCCAGAUGUGACACGUUUUUCGUCACUGUGACAGCUGAUAAUAUUUCCAGUGUGCAACACACAGUAAAUGUUUUCAGGAAACUGGCUGACAGCCUGACAGCAUUAUUGUCAAGGACUUAGAAAGAUGGAGAGUAUAGAUAUGACUUUGAGUUUGUUAACCCUGAGAUGAGGGAAACUUUAUUAUCAACUCAGUUUUAGUUAAGCCUUCUUCCCAGAUGCUCAUAGUGUUUAUACAAGCUGCCAUCAAAUUCAAGAUGACCUAAUAAUUUUCUUAAAUAAUCCCAAGUUUAAACAUUUAUUAUUUUUUCAGUUUUUUUAAAUUGUGAAUAAAAUAUGGGUUUAUGAGAUUUGCAAAUCAUUGCAUUCUGUUUUUAAACACAUUUUGCACAGGAACCAAAAAAAGCUACAUUUCAAACACACACAGUAUCUUUGACUUUUACAUGACUGUAAAAGAUCCUGCAACUUUAUUCUUGAAAUUUCAGUGCACUCAUAUUAAUUAAUAUUAAAAUAAAUGUAUCAACUUUUACGAAAAGGGGGUUAUAGAAUAAAAGUUUUAAUAGAAAAAUAAAGGCUUUUUUGUUUUGUACAAAUAAGUCCUAUUUAUAAAGGCUUAAGAAUAAAGCUGCAGUUGUGCAAGUAAAACUGUAACAACAUCUAUGUAGGUAUAUGGUACAAUGCAUUUUUAAAUACACUUAUCAGACAUUUGUUUUUAAGGCUUUAUGCAUUUCAGAUGUCUAAUGUAUCAAAACAUUAGAUACUAUUUAAAAAUCAUUAAAUUAUUACAUUAAAACACAUAGUCGCCAUACAUUAAUUGUGUUGCUGUAGCCUGUCCUGCCUGGGGCACAUCCACAGUUAGUGCAUUGUAAUGUACAUCUCCACAGAUGAGUCCAUGCAAUCAGAAAAACUUGACAGGCUUGGAGAUGUCCUCAUGAACUCGUGCACUCACUGUCCAGUGAGAAAAAUGUCACUUGAACCCAAGCAGGCCCUGCUACAUUAAUGUGACUUUUUGUCCACCACUGCUAUAUAGACCUUGUCACAUAUUAUUAGAAACCUUUAGUCAGGUGUCAAGCUCCAUAACAGCAUUAUGCUGAUUUGCAUCAUAGACAUGAUGACCUUAAUAAACAAGGUUUUGAGUUAAUAAUAUUUAUAGUUAAGUUGUCAUUUUAAUUUUUAGUUGUAAUUUAAUUUUUUUCUAAUGAAUUCUUCUCUAUUGAAAUGGCGUUGUGUGAUGAAAAUGAACUUGUAAUUUGCCAAAUUAUAAAUAAUUAUAAAAAUGAAAGUGUGUUUGUAAAAUCAAGGCAUAUUUUCAUCUCUCAUAAGGCUUUUUCUUUUCACAUUUUCCCAUGUAGAGAUGCAGCUUUGUUCUUUAAAUCCAAACUUCAUUGUAUAUUAGAAAAUUAUGACUAUUACUAGUAAUAACAUCUUUAAUCAGAAAAUGGCACAUUUCUUAAAAUAUCACAUUCAUAUUUUUAUUCAGCUGUGGCCUUGAUAUUUUGUUGCAUAUGUGCUUACAAAUGCAUUAUUAUAUUUUUGUGGUUGAUCAUAACUGUACAGUAGACUUGAUUUGUACACAAAAGAACAUACUAUGGAUAAAUGAAUGCAAAAUGUAAAGCCAUCUAAACCUGAUGAAGAUUUUAUGAGGGUGUUAUCAAAAAGUUCUUCGAAUCUGGUUCAAGGAGAAGGUGUCCUUGAAGGGUAUAUGAACUAAAUUUUAACCAAAAAUGUUUUUUUUUAGUUUUAUUUUUUAUAGGUGGAUUUUUGAUGGCACUUUGAAAAAUUGUAGGACAAUAUAUGUCAAAAUUUUGGAAUACUGAGCUUCCAUACCAGCACUAUGAAGGAAGAAUUUUGAGUCUUUUGCACUUUUAAGAAGGAACACAAACUGCCAAAGAUAGUGUUGGAAGUGCAAACAGAAAUGACACAACUCACCACAGGCCCAAUAAUGGAGUCUUGUUUUUAAACACGCAUAAAGUCACAUAUAUCUUGUGUAGUAAAGCGUCACCCCGUCUCCAUGUUGUAUAAUAUUAGGCAGAAUAUGAAUUUGUAAUAUUUUAUGCCUCAUAACAUGGAUCAAUGGAUUUAUUAAAACAUUUAUGAUAAAGACAUGUUUUAUGUGUUUAAGCUAUGCUUUAGCCUGUCCAAGCCUGCUAUUGAAAAAGAAUGCGCUGAAAUAUCUUUGUUAUUUUUGAACAAUGUCUGUAAUGAAGCAAUAUGACAAAAGGAUAACAAACA